GUCAGACAUAACCUCAAUACAUUACACCUGCUGUACCAAUUAAUUAUAAACAAUAAUUUGUAAAUAUAAUUGGAUUUUUUAAUUAAAAAACAGAACAGAUAAAAUAGGUGUUGUAAAUAAAUAAAUCAACAAUGAUAACGUCUAAAUAAUAUCUAUAAAUAACGAAUAAAGUAUAAAUAAUUAUUUUUAUAAAGUCACUCAGUAAUAAUGGCUGCAAUAAAGCAUACUCUACAACGAGAGAUAUUUACGCCCAAUGAUGAGAAAUUAUUGAGUGUUUGUUUUGUUAGUAAGGCAUAUAAAAAAAAGAAGACGAGUUUUUUGUGUUUAGUAACAACAACUGAUACUCCAGGAACACUGAUUAUUUACCAAAUAAAAAAAAAUGAUAAAAAUGUAUAUAAAAAGAAACAAUCAUGGUUACUCAAUGAUAUCCAAGUGGUUGAUGGACUUAAGAACAAUUCUAUGGACAUGGAGUUACAUAUUGACAAAAUUUAUCGUUGGUUUGUUGCUACACAACAAGAACGGAGAACAUUUAUCAGUAAUUUGUACACAUAUUCUUGUAAUUUACCACAGAGACCAGAGUUUAAAAAUGUUCCUAAAGAAUGGUUGAACGAUCCUGUCAUUUCUACUGAACGAGAUAACAUUUCUCUAACACCAGAUCUUUUAACACCAGCCAUAUCACUUGAUUACCAGCCAAUAACCGACAAAGAAGCAUCUGACCUAGAAACUCUAAUGUCUGGCUGUGACUACGCAAUAUCAAACGCCGAGCUUUUCAUGGAGACCCUAGCAAAGGACCUGUCUAUCCUCGAUGGCGAGAAUGUUCAAUCAGUUUUAGCUUCUGAGCCUCAAGUAACCCAACUAAUGAAAGGAAUAGAAGCAGCCAUUGAAGAAGCAUCUCAAGUUGAAGCUCGUCUUGUAGUUUAUGACGAAGCUCUUGGGCGAAUUCGUGAAGUAAUGGCUCGUGUGGGACAGAAGAAUCAAGCGAUUCAUACAGCUAAUCACAACACUCGGCUUCUCCACCAACAAUUAGACCAGGUGAUAAAGCAACUAGACAUUUCUGAUGAUCAUUUGAAAAUCCUCAAUGAAGCAGAGCUUCCUAGUGGACAUGCUGAGUUGAUAGUCGCUGGUACUGUGCUUCUAAAAGCAAUUACAGCACCACUGCCACCAGGCCUAGACAAACUAAGUGCUGUGUCUGAGCAGAAAAGAAGACUAGAAAAAUUGAAAGCUAAGUUUUCACAAUUGGUAGCUCGACAUCUGAAUAAUCUUUUCAUUCAUCUGGGUAAUGAUGUUGGAGAUACGAUGUCGACGUCUGAGUUGAUCCUUCCGAUGCAUUCAUCAGUCCAUCGAGAACUGGAGCCAUACACGGAGUUGAUGCAGCUGCUGAGGUCUCUAGAUAACAAAGCUUUUGUGCAAUUAACAAAAGUCUACACAAAUGCCAUGGGAAAGUUGUAUCAACGAGACUUGAAAUCCUUCUUUGAAGAAGCCAAGUCGUGUUUGAUAAACACCAGGACGCAUUCUAAUGUAUCAAAGUCCAGUGGACAAAAGAAGGAUGAUGAUCCAAUCACUCCAGCGCCAAUGUGGUUACUAAGUCAUGAAGCUCCGCUACCACAAAACGAUGGUGUGCUGCUAGAUUCUAUAUUGGAUCGAGUAUUAUCACAAUUGCAGCCAAUAUGUCUUGCUGAACAGGCUUUUUGUGUGACAUUUUUCCAAUUAGACCUUGCAUUAUCUCCUUCUAAAGCUCCUGGAGAUGAUUCCGAUCAACAGAAUGACAAUUCAAGUAACGGCGCUGUGAGUCCUGGCUCUGUUUCAUCAACUGCUAGCAAAAAAUUAGAAAGACAAGUCAAUGAAGAAGUGAGAGCGACAAUGGCUGCUAUUUUUCCAUCACUUGAAAGUGAAUUGAAUAAUUUUAUUUCCUUCCUGGAUAAAAUUGAUUGCUUCUGGGUUAUGUAUGUACUAGUCAGGCUCUCACAACAUGUCAUGUCUGCUCAAGACACUGGAUCUUUUCUCUCUAUGACCUUUGCAUCCUCUUUGGUUCAAGUCAAGAGAGCCUUUGAUAAAUUUAUGCAGAUGCAACAGCAGUCCAUAUUAAAAGACACCAAAGUCAAUCGAAGAAAUAAAUGUGGAAUUUUGCCUUAUGUUGAGAAUUUUGGUAUUUUUGCUAGGAUUGCUGAUAAGAUCUUCAAGAAUUCUGAUAGAAGAAUUGACUUGGAGAAGUGGUAUACUAAAUUAGUUGGAACUAUGUUUGAAGCUAUUAUGAAUCAUAGUGGUGAACAUCACAAAACGCCACAGGAAGUUAUCAAGAUGGAAAACUUCCAUCAUCUUUACGACUUGUUGUCCCAAUUAAAAAUUCCUGUAUUGGACCACGAGAGAAAGGAAGCCAAACAAAAGUAUCAAGAUGCUUUAAAGGCGUAUGUGAUUCAAUAUUUUGGUCGUCCAUUAGAGAAAUUGAAUUUAUUUUUUGAAGGUGUACAAGCUAAAGUAGGUUCAGGAGUAAAAGAAUCUGAAAUAAGCUAUCAAAUGGCUUUCAGUAAACAAGAGCUACGUCGUGUUGUUAAAGAAUAUCCAGCAAAAGAGGUGAAGAAGGGCUUAGAAAAUCUCUAUCGCAAAGUAGAAAAACAUCUUUGUGAGGAAGAAAAUUUAUUACAGGUAGUUUGGCGAGAAAUGCAAGGAGAGUUCAUAGCUCAAUAUAUUUAUAUUGAGGAAUCAAUUCAACGAUGUUAUCCAGAUAGUAUGAUUACUCUGGAAUUUACUAUUCAGAAUAUUCUGGAAUUCUUCUCUGAAAUUGCAAGAUCACACUAGAUAUUAUAAAACUGUUGAACAAAUAAAUUAUCGAUUAAUAAUUUUCAAAACAA